AUGGACGAGAAGGAUGAAGCAGACAAAGGUAGACUUCAAAAUGAGCGUGGUCUCCCACAUGACACAACAGAAUUACACCAGGACCAGGCUGUGUUUGACAAAUCUGAAGAUGGCAAGCUGGAGCGAGGCGAGACAGAAAUUCUUCAAGGACAGGGUCAUGGAGUGAACACGUCGCAAGCUCCAUCGGGCGAACAAGGCCCAAAAUACAAACAGGGUAACGCAAAUCAUGGGAAGGUGGCCGAUUCGGAACGAGAAGUCACCGAUCCUAUUACACAUCUUCCAGUCAUGAUACAUGACUUUACAAGCCAGGAGCUCAAGAAUGCUCUUGAUACAAUGCCCCCGACUGGCAGCCAACAGCCACGAGAGAGCGACGUUGGAGAAUAUCGGAAGAGCAAAAUUCAGUCAGAUAAAACUCUGGAGGGCGAAGAACCGCAUGAGGGGUUAUUUGCUUCAAGCUACGAGUAUGCGAAAACCGAAUUGAUCAGAAAAUUCCGAUUCGCAGUCAACGCCGGAAUGGCAAUUAUUCUCUUGCUCAUGGCACUGAGUCUUCUUUUCGUGCAAUUCUUCGACGUCAGCAAGAAGUCAUCGAGUUCCGAUGAGGUCAGCCAAAGACCGCACGCUACUGUCAUGCUGGUAACAAUUACCUUGGAAGCAGUUGUGUUCGUAUUCGGGGUAUGGGUCUUUCGCCGUUGGGUAGAAAGCAAAGUUGACGACUUCUGGGAGGGCCAGGUCCGGAAAAAAUGGCUGAAUUCUCUCCUGGCAUCAAUAUGGCCGCUGGUCAAUCCAGACCUGUUCGGAAGCUUGGCAGAUAUUCUGGAGGAUUCCAUGCAAGCCAGUCUACCCAAGCUGGUCAACAUGAUAAACAUUGAAGACCUAGGUCAAGGAAGCGAAGCACCUCGCAUCUUGGGGGUACGAUGGCUUCCACCUGAUACAACUGCCUACUCGAUCUCAAGCUACAGUAAUGUUCACAGGGAGAGUGACUCCCAAGAAAGCAUAUUGUAUAAAGAUCCCAACAGUCAGCGGCAGAACCAGGACCACGGCCAGUGCACCAAGUAUGCACCGCAAAAGGAACAAGAAGAUCUCAUGAAAGUCGUGGAAUCCGAGGAAGGAGACUUUGUCAGUCUCGAGGUUGCCUUUGCGUACAGAGCGAGGCCUGCUGCUAGUGACUUCAGUACGAAGGCUAAGAAUGCUCACCUCUUUCUGGCCAUGUAUUUACCGGCAGGUAUACGCCUUCCCGUCUGGGUUGGCGUGGAAGGCAUCGUGGGGAUGCUCCGUCUCCGACUCCAACUCAUACCUGACCCUCCUUUUCUCUCUCAAAGUACUAUUACUUUCAUGGGGCAACCCAAGGUCAACCUAUCGUGCAUGCCCAUGUUCAAGCAUGGGCUUAACAUCAUGAAUCUUCCGAUUAUUUCUAGCUUCGUUCAGACUUCGGUAGAUGCCGCAAUAGCCGACUAUGUCGCUCCCAAGAGCUUGACGCUCGAUCUAAAGGACAUGAUUAUGGCGGAAGACUUUAAGAAAGACACGACCACUCACGGUGUGAUUGUCGUCCGGAUCAAGCAGGCCACAGGACUCAAGGGAAGUGAUACGGGCUUGUUUAGGCUGAAGAAAGGGUCUAUUGGUUCGUAUGUCUCCGUCAGCUGGACCAAGUUCGGAAAGACUGUGUGGACGACCAGAGUGAUUAUGUCGGAAAUGGAGCCGAGCUGGGACGAGACUGGCUAUAUUCUUAUCGGGCCUAAAGAGUUGAAUGCACAGGAAAGACUAAGGGUGCAGCUAUGGGACUCCAAUUCGUCCGCAACUGACGACGAUCUAGGGUUUAUAGAUAUUGGACUCAACGAGGUCAUGCAAAACCCUCGCACGAAUGGAAAGAUGUGGGUUCGACGAGACAAGUUACAAAAAAUCAGUACCAAAGGGGAUAUACCAUGCACUCUCGAUUGGAGCUUGGGUUACUGCUCUAAAAGAGGAUUUCAACCAACUCAGCUUGAUAAUCAUGAUGCCGAAAGCAUCGAUGAUCCCAAGAACAAUUUGGUAGCAGGAGGGGCGACAAAGAAGAUGCUAGAAGCAAGGAAAGAAGAAUUUCAUGAGAUUGAACAGCAGGAAAUGCAAGAUCCUAAGGCCAGAGAAGAUGAGCUAAUAAUCUCAUCUCCACCCUCCCCCGAUUAUCCUAGCGGCAUAUUCGCAAUUCAGGUUCAUCAAAUUCUUGGCCUAGGGAUUGAAAAAGUGAAGAGAAAGCAAGUGGAUGGCGUUUUCGAAGACGAAGGCCAAGCAGGUGACGACCUGCUCAGCAGCUAUUGCGCUAUUAUCUUGAAUCAGCAGAAAAUCUUCAAGACGCGGACGAAACCUAAAAGUGCAAACCCAUCUUUCAAUGUUGGGGCAGAACGAUUCAUCCGCGACUGGCGGACUACAGAGGUGAUACUUUCAGUGCGUGAUAUGCGCAUGCAUGGACACGACCCUUUGGUUGGAAUGGUUGUCUUGCCACUCGCAGAGACCUUCAAGCAAAGAUCUCAAGUCAAUGAUUAUUUCUCGUUAUCCGGCGGCAUUGGUUGGGAAUACGGCACUCUUCAGAUUACGCACAUUAUCAAUUCGGACGACUUGCCCGAUUAUUACAAGGGACUUGGACUGAAACUACAUACUUCAGUCCAGAGCGAUGAAAUGAGGGUACAACUUGAUGGCUGGAGUGGCAAUUAUGGUCAGCCCGUUGAAUUGGCGGUACAACAGCGUUACUGCUCCAACCUUGUUGUUGAGUUCCAAGAAAGCAAUCGCAUCCACCAUCAUAUUCCAACCUUCGCUAUUAUGUGGCUCAAAGAUAUCCCGGAUGACGAGGAGAAGACGAUGACCUUGCCAGUGUGGAAAGGUAACCUCAAGCGAGCAGAAGCUAACUGUGAGCGGGAGAACGGCGCGAAACUCGGGCACAUAGAAGUGCACCUCAGAUUUCGACCCGGCAUCAGCGACCACCACAAGAAGCUUGCCUCUAAAGACAGGAAUCUAGAGGACGUCAUGGAAGUCCUUGGUAUCGCAAACGAUGAAAAAAUCAAGAUUUCUUUAGAGGACGCUGCUUUCAAGAGUCAUAAUAGCAACUCAAACCAUGCCGAUGGCCAUGGACUUGAUUGGCUUCAAAUGGCUCGCCAGGAACAUGGAGGCAAGCUACGUCGAACUACUCAUAAAUUCAUGCCGUGGAAGGUGGGUCUAUUCUCCGAUAUUCAAGACAUUACCAAAGCUAAUCUUCUUCAGAGUGCUCGUACAUAA